AUGCCACUCACUUCAACUAUAGCUCUUAUUCUACCGGUUGCACUCCUAGCCCUUGAAGGAAGUUGUGAAGUAGAACUCAAGAGAAAAGUAAAGCAAGGCAAUGUGUCACUUGUGAAAGUCCAAAAAUAUAGCAGCAAAACCUCACCACUGCUUCGUAAUAAUACAAAUUACUCGCUAGGUUUAGACAUCCUGAUGAUGGCGGACUACGCUACAUUUCAAGGUUUCGUGGAAAUAUCGAACGGUGAUGCACACAUGGGGCAAGCCUACACUCUGGAGUACUUGCGCGCUGUAUUUGAACAAGUCAAAACAAUCUACAAUGACAUCAAAAUAUCGAAGCAAGUUAUUCGUCUAAAAAUGGUUGGCAGCUUUAUUGCGCUUAGAGAAGACGAUUGCCCCAUGUUCACAACAUUCAAACGAAAUGAAUUUGUAAAUGAGGACAAUGCGACUUCUCCUAACAAUUCGACCUAUGACAGUGGCUUUGAGGAGACGAAUAGCACAGAGAUGACUCUAACUGUAUCUGCAAUCGCUGCAUUAGACAAGUUUACUUACUGGCUAAAGGUUCACAGACUCUUCCUCCCAAAGCAUGAUCAUGCAAUCCUAAUCACAAAAUUUGACCUAAUCUCCCCCCGGGGUGACUCUGGUACGCAAGGAAUGGCUUAUGUUGGCAGUAUUUGUCAGCCGGGUGAUUCCGCCAGCAUUGUGGAAGACGUUGGAGCGGCUGCUACCGCGUUAAUAGCAGCCCAUGAGCUCGGUCACAGCCUCGGAGCAUUCCAUGACGGCAAUCCACAAUCACAGGACUGCCCUUCCUUUGCGAACUUUCUUAUGGCCGUUACAGUUUCUGGUACCGAAGACUUCGAACGCUUUGCUCAUAGUCGAGUGAUGAGUCCUUGUAGCAUCGAAAGUAUCGAAAAGAAACUGAAAUCACCGUUGGCGAGCUGCGUUCGGAAGUCAAUGCCGAAAGAACACAAACUUAUGGGGAUGUCCUCUCUGUCUCAAGAAACGACUCCUACUCCUGGGGAAUUAAUCAGUCUGCAACAACAAUGCCAAAUCACCUUUGGUCCACAUUAUGGAGUUUGUCCUAGCAAAGAUUAUUUCCGAGGCCUUGACGUGUGCCGACGCAUCUGGUGCAAGGAUCGCACCAAAAGACGAAGCGGCCCUUGCGAAACGAGAACGUAUCUUCCAGCACUGGAUGGGACAGAAUGCGGAAAAAUGAAGUGGUGUAUCGCCGGACGCUGCGUUGACAACCCGAAAAAGUUGCAAGAGUGCAUCGAUCUCAAUCCGAAGACAUGUGGAAAAUAUUCAAAAAUAAAACUACGCCACUACUGCAAAUCUAAGGACUUCGCGGAAAUUUUCGCGCACGGCUCUAAUCCGACAAUUGUUGUUGAAACGCAUCACAUGCCCGGUCCCACUAAUUUUAAUUUCCUUGGUACACAGCGUCUCCUAUUCUGGACUAUUGCAAAGUUGCGCGUUCUAUGA